GCGACCCGAGCGCGCGGGGCCAUCGCUGGGCAUCCCCUCCCUCUACAGCUCGAGAGACAGCGCAGCCUCCGGCCUCGGGAGCAGCGGCGCCCAGCGAUCCCGGGCAGGGCUCUCCUAGGCCGCCAGUGACAUCACUGGCGAAGCGGAUUCCAGGCACCCGGCUCCUGGUUUUGAGAGUGAUGUGGGUCGGUUAGUCCGUCUCUGUCUGUCGGCCGCUGAAGAGGGUCCAUCGUCGGUUUCGCACCGCAGAGCGACAGGACCCGGAGGAGGGGGGAGAGCGGAGGCAGCGGGGGAAGGAGGACCCCGGCCGGGGCACCGCAUGCAAGCCCCGCGCACUUCCCGCUGCCCCCGCAGCCGGCGCUGGGCCUCAGCACCAGGAAUACUUCUGCUGUCAGUUAGACUAUAAAAGAAGAGAAAAAGCUUUGUUCUAAUGGUAACAACAAGAAAAAUAGACAAAAAGUAUAAGAAUCAUAUUUUUCUAUGAAGUAGAGAAGAGUGGAGGAUUGAAAGAAGCUAAAUGAACUGAAUUUUAUAGAGAAACAAACCCUUCAGAGAAGAGGAGAGAGCAGUAGCUACUUCUUUCUGAGGGUCAUUGCCAGGUUUGGAUUCAGAGUACCAUGGGAGGAGUGAGGAUGCCGAGAGCUAGUUGAAAUGGACUGUAGAUUGGAGGAACCCCAGCUCAGCCAAGUAAUUGUGCCUCUCUCCCCACCCCACCCUUGAGAAAAAACAGUGGAUAAAGACCUGGUAAGUAAAGAGAAGUCACCCAGUCUUGGCCAUUCUCUAAAUGACUGGAUUCCAGAACUUUGUGGAAUUGAAACCAGUAACAAAGCAAGCCUAUCUGAAAAUGCAGCCAAGUCUUCCAGCUCAAGUAUGGACACCACUGAAAGCUAGCAGAACAUAGCAGAGAUCAGACUAGAGUAAAAAAUUAGACUCAUACUUAUAUAACCCACUGGUUUCAACAAGCACUUCAAAGGGAAAAGAGAAGCCUCUUUAAGAAAUGUUGGGAAAACUUCCUUUCCAUACGGAAAAAAAAAAGAACUGAUCUCUAUUAUAUGCCAAACACAGAAAUGAAUUUGAGAUAGAUCACACCCUUCACGUAAAAGCUAAAAUUAUAAAACUUCUAAAAGAAAGAUAGGUGAUGUAGGAGUCUGCCUCUAAUCUGUCAUCCCUUACAGUUGUUGUACCUGCCGUGGGACAGACACUGCAACUGUGUCCCCACCAGCUGUAGCCUCUCUGUCAGUGACAAGUCCCCACAUCCGGGAGCUACACAGACAUGUAGACACUGCCCUGGGGGUAGUUCCUGCACAGGAGCCAAAGCUGAGCUGAGACAAGACCUCACUUUUCUCCAGGGAGACCAUUCAGGAGACCAGAAAAAUGGCCUCGGGGCUAAGAGCCAGGAGAGAAUCGGCCUUUGUGUCAUUCCAUGAUGUAGCUGUGGACUUCACCUGGGAAGAGUGGCGGCUGCUGAGCCAUGCUCAGAGGAUGCUGUACAGGUGUGUGAUGCUGGAAAACUACAACAACUUGGUCUCCCUGGGAACUCCAUUUCCCAAGCCAACACUUGUCGUUCUGCUAGAGCAGGGGGAAGAACCCUGGAAGGAGGAGAGUGAACAUCUGCCCAGCCCCUGUUCAGCAGAUGCAAAGCCAGAAAUCCAACUUGAUUCCUCCUCCGCUCUGGACUUCUGCAGUCGGCCAGUAUGCCAACACGUGCUACAUGAUCAUUGCCUUCUGAUCUGCCCGGGCUUGCUAGCAGGCACUCUCUGCCCAGCCUAUCCGAAGCAGAAGCAGCAACCACUUCCUCACGAAAGCUUCCGCAAUGACAAAGUGGAAGGUGAAGACAGAGAAAAGGGCUCCAAGUCAUUGUUUGAGAGGACAAGGGGCGGGUUUGCCUCCAGAGCUUUCUGCAGCCCACCUGGCAGACAGCUAAUAAGCUUGAGGGAAGGCAAGACAGUGGUGGAAAUAAAGCUCAGCUCAGCUGAGAAGGCAAGCCGUUUAGAAACAGACAAAGUAUUAAAGUGGGUUGAUUUCUCAGGAUUUGAAGUAGUGAACUGUGGAAAUUGCGGGUUAGGCUUUAGCCAGAAAUCAGCACUCUUUGUUCAUCAGAGGACCCACUCAGGAGGAAAGCCUUAUUUUUGCAGUGAGUGCGGUAGAAGCUUCAGCUAUAAAUCAGCUCUCAUCACACACGAGAGAUCACAUACGGGGGAGAAGCCUUACCUCUGCACGGAGUGUGGGCAAGCCUUUAGCCAGAAGUCAAACCUAGUCACCCACAAGAUGGCACACUCUGGGGAGAGGCCUUUCGCAUGUGAGGAGUGUGGACGAAGCUUUAGCCAGAAGUCGACCCUCAUCAGACACCUGAGGACACACUCGGGGGAGAAGCCCUUUGUGUGCCAGGAGUGUGGGCGGGGCUUUCGGGAUAAGUCAAACCUUAUCACACACCGAAGGACCCACUCAUGGGAAAAGCCUUAUGUGUGCAGAGAUUGUGGGAGGCUUUUUAGAGACAGAUCAACUCUCAGCAAACAUCAGAGGAUUCAUUCAGGGGAGAAUCCUCAUUUGUGCACUGAAUGUGGCCGGAGCUUUAGUCAGAAAUCGUACCUCAUAAAACACAAGAGGACACACUCAGGAGAGAAGCCUUUUGUGUGUUGGGAGUGUGGACGGGGCUUUAGUGAUAAGUCAAAUCUUACCACACACCAGAGGACACACUCAGGAGAGAACCCCUAUAUGUGUGCAGAGUGUGGUCGAGGCUUUAGUGUUAAGUCAGCUCUCAUGACACACCAGAGGACACACUCAGGAGAGAAGCCUUACGUGUGCCAAGAAUGUGGGCGAGGCUUUAGACAUAAGUCAACUCUUGUUGCACAUCAGAGGACGCACUCAGGAGAGAAGCCUUUUGUGUGCGGGGAAUGUGGGCGAGGCUUUAGACAGAAAUCACACCUCAUCAGUCAUCAGAGGACACACUCCGGGGAGAAGGCUUAUGUCUGCACUGAGUGUGGGCAAGCCUUUAGCCAGAAAGCAAAUCUAGUCAGGCACAAGAUGGCCCACUCAAGGGAGAAGCCCUUUGUGUGCAGGGAGUGUGGGAGAGGCUUCAGCCAGAAGUCAGCUCUCAUAAGACACCAGAGGACACAUUCUGGGGAGAAGCCUUUUGUAUGCAGGGAGUGUGAACGGGGCUUUAGUGAUAAGGCAACUCUCAGCACACAUCAGAGAACACACUCAAGGGAAAAACCUUAUAUCUGUAGUAAGUGUGGGGAAGGCUUUAGGCUGAAAUCACUCCUUAUUAGACACCAGAGGACACAUCUGUUAUAAAGAAGCUUCAUGCACAAGGAGUGUAAGCAAGGCUUUAGUAAUAAAUCAGAUCAUACCUCAUCAUGCAAGAAGAGAGAACUUUAGGGGAAAUCUCAUGUGUGCAAAGGGUGGGACUUCAGAGAUACUAACUUUCAUCAGACGACAGGAGAAGACCUACCUGUGUAAAACAAUGGUCUUCAAUUAGAAGCAAUUUUAUCCCCUGCCUAGGUGACAGUUGGUGAAACCUAGAGACAUUUUCUUAUCGUCACAACUGGGAGGAUGCCACCGGCGUAUAGUGGACAGAGGCCAAGGAUGCUGCUAAACAUGCUAUGAUGCACAGGACUGCCUCCCACAACGAAAGUCUCUCACCCUGUAAGACUUGGAUCCCUUUAAGGCUAGCUUGGCUCCCAGAUCCCUGCCAUUGGCUCAAAAGAAAAUUUCUUACACUCUCCUGUAGCUGAGUCUCCUGCCCAGACCUCCAUCCUCCUCCCUCUCCUUCAAUCCAGAUCUAAUGCCUCCCCCUGCCUUCUUUAACUCUUUCCAUUUAUUUUCUCAAAUAUGGUUUUCCCAAUAGCCUCUUGCACAUCUAGUCCCAUCCUCUUUUUCAGAAGACUCCAACUCACACAAUCACAAGGAGAGAAUGGUAACUCUACAGCGAAGCAACUUGGCCCACACCGCCAUAACAAAGUUAACCACUAACAUUGAGACAGAUUGUCGUCAUAAGCCUCCUAAUAGGAUUCACUGAAAAAGAUACCAUAUCAUUUUUAAAAUAUAUUUCUGCCAAAAAAGCCAUUACUUAAGUCUUGUCAUGAGAAGUCAUUAAAUAAACUUAAGUAAUAUUUUACAAAACAACUGUCCUGUACUUUUUAAAAAUAUCAAAGCCAGGAAAAACACAAAAAGGCUGACAAACUUGCAGAUUAUAGGAGACUAUGGAGACAUGGCCAUACAACGCUUGAUACAGGAUUGGAUUGUGGACUUUAAAAAGUAUAGUCACGAAAGACUAUGGACUGGACGAUACUGCUUAAUCGAUGUUAAAUCAAUGAUAAAUGCAGCAUACUGUGGUCAUCUUUGCUUUGAAAAUAUACAAGUCAGUGUUUAGGGUUAAAAAGAUACAAUGACUCCAACUUAUUCACAAAUUGUUCAGGAAAAAAGUGGUCUGAAAAUGUUCAUAGAAAACAAAAUGAAUACAUAAAAUACAAACACAUUUUCCAGGAGCUGGGGAGAGAAAGACAGACAGACAGACAGACGGAGGGAGAAAGAGGACACAAGUGGAACAAGUCUGAACCAUUGGUAAAUCCAGUUAAAAGGUAAAAGCAGUGCCUUAUAUUAUUCUUGCAACUUUCCUCUUUUUGAUAUUGUAUCAAAGUAAAAACAUAAGCAAAA